AUGCCCAAGGCUUUUAAUAAAGUGUUGAUGAUCCUUUGGUCUCAGAGUCGUUGGUCAUCGAUCACCUCAGAGACCGCAGUGACCUUACUCCUUCCUUCUCAAGGCCUCCUGCCCAAGGUAGAUCACCAUGGUAGCAACCUCUCCUUCCCAUGCUCCAGCAAUGGCCAGAAAUGGAUGUAUUCUUGGUCUGGGUGGCCAUCCUUGACUUGUCUUCAUCAAGCCCUCACUGUCACAGCACCAGCAACAACACCAGCAGCAACAGCAACAGCAACAGCCGCAGCCGCAGCAACAAGCGCACCAGCAAGAGCACCCACAACAGCAGCAGCAACAAUGGGCUUGGCGGAGAUGACAGAUUUGGUGGUCAAAUACUUGACCGGUGUUGGUCACUUGGUGACCUUGGCCGAGAAGGCGGCCAAAGUCUUUAUGUGGUGGAGGAAGAGCCCUGUCCCUGAUGAGGAGCAGGCGUUUGGGGACCGCCUCGGGGCUGCGGCCCGAGGGGUCUGGCGGACCGAGUUGGGCCGCCUGCAGGAAGAGUUGGGGAGGAAAGAGAAGCAGAUUGUCGAUCUGCAUGACAAGUUGGGUCGCCUCCGGGCGAAGUUCAAAGAAGACCUCCAGGCCGAGAGGUCCGCCAACGACAGAGAGUUGGCCGAAAUCCGUCGCCGUCUCGGAGCCCUCGAGGAAACAAACCUCCUGCGUAGCCGCGCCAUCGCCCGCGCCGUCGCCGGCCCGUCUACCAGCUUUCAGCUAUGA